GCAGCCAAUCCAGACUUCCUCUCCCUGCUGGCCUCUCAAACAAGCAUUCCAUGAGAGUAUGGGAGUGCAAUCCAGAAGCAGGCAAAGCCUCUCCUGCCUUGCUCAACAGAUGAUGGGGAUGGGACACUGCUGCAGAUCCAGCUUGUCUCUCAAAGGGUGCAGCCAAUACAGCAGCAGAGUGAAGAGCAGAGGUGCCUGGGCUGAGAACAGUCCCUGUUGCUUUGUUUUCUCUAUUGAAGAACGGCUCCAGCUACGUUGGGCCACAAAAUUUGCUCUGUUGUGAAAGUUCAAGUCCUACAUCCCACACGGUGGACUUCCCAUCGUUAUGCAGGCUCUCUUUGGACUUUUCCUCUUCUCUGUGCUGCUAACUACAGGUGCCUCUUUGGAGUGUGAUACCUGCAAGGGAACAAACACCUGCACAGGCACGAGAGAGGCUUGUACUGAGGGUCAAGAUGCCUGUGCCAUCUCUUUCAUCAAAGUCAGCAUAGAUGGAACCAAGUUUGUAAGGAAGAGCUGUACAUCCUCUGAGGCCUGCAAAGUGGGAGUAGCCGAGGUGACUUACAGCCAAGGAAAGUACAGCACAGAAAGUAUUACCUGUUGCAAAGAGGAUGGCUGCACACCUGUCGAUCCUAAAUUUCCACCACGGAACACCAAACCCAAUGGAGGGUCUUGCCCAGGCUGCUCUUCUAACUCAGGCAACUGCACUGUGGAAGUUGUGAAGUGUACUGGCUCUGACACUUACUGCAUUAGUUUUGUAUUGGUUCCAGGGGAGAAUGUCGUAGACAAAAUCAUGAAGGGCUGUAUUAGCGAAGCUUCCUGUACCCACUUAAAAACGUACAAAGGGGCUGUUUUUGGUGAUGCUCCUUUAAGUAAUGUUGAGUGUACCCUAGCUGAGGGCCUUUCACCCGACAAACCCUCUGCUUCUCCUUCCCCCUCUCCCUCAUUUGAAUUCUUCCUCCUGGUUCUGCUGAUGAAGCUCCUGUUACUCUUCCUCAGAUCCCACAUAUCCCUGUCCCAGGUUUCCGGAUCCCAAUCCCAGGAUGUAAUGAGAGACCUUACUUUGGGGGGGCUCGGUACCUCUUUAAAGUGUGAAACUUGCAUGGGAAUAAGCACCUGUAAAGGCGAGUUCCGGACUUGUCCAGAUGAUAACAAUUCCUGUGGUAUCAAUUUUAUGGAACAUUCAAAUGGUGGUAACAAAACUUUCUUUAUGAUAAAGAAGAGCUGUGUGUCCACUGCCAACUGUAUGUCUGAACCAAUUGAUUUGACUUAUGGGAAAGGGCAGUUUGUCAGGGAAAGGACCUUCUGUUGCAGGGACGUUCCCUGCUUAAUACCCCCUCUGGAAUUGGAGGAUGAAAACUAG